AUGACCACCUCUCCUCGAAAAUCCCGAACCCCCUCCAACCCGCGCACCACCGACCCCUCAGACUCCGAUCCUAUCAUCGCCUCCUACGACGUCUACCUCACAAAUUCUGACAUUAGCCGGUAUGUUCUGCAAUAUCUCGACCGGCCCACCGGGCAUGCCUAUGAUGACAACAACGGGCAAAAGCCGACUGAGCUGCGCCUGAAGCCGAAGACGGGCCUUGUCGAGGUUGACGUGCCGAUUAACACAAGAGUAAACUAUGAUCUGGCAAAGGGACUGAAAUAUGGUGAUGCGCUGAAGAAAAGUAAGAGUGCUCGUGAGGGAGGUGCAUAUGGUAUGGCGGGCGGGUUUAGUGUUGCCGGGGCGCGUGAGGGAGGCGCGCCUGGUGUUGCAGGAAAGGUUAAGGCGGAAAAUGGAGGUGUGAAAAGUGAGGAUGCCAUGCGUAGGGCGGCAGGAGAUCAGACACCGCUAUUAAAGGUGCAGACGUUGGGAGGGAGAAUCAAGACUCCAGAAGAUGGUGAUCCAGUUUACAUGCUUGCUGCUUUUAGGGGCGUUAGCGCCGUCGUUCAAUUACACCCGCAGCUCCACCAUCUCGACGCGAUGGACGAGAUGCCCAAAGCGCGCGCCGGGAAAAGUCGAAAAGAAGGCGAGGAAGAUCGAGCUGAGCCGGAGGCUAGAGCCGUCGACGUGAAGGUCAAAGGCGCAGAGGACAGAGAAGUCAUGAUGCCGGGGAACCUGGACCUUCUGAAAAAGAUGCAGGAGGAGCAGUGGAAGACGUAUGAUUGGGUUGAUGCUGAGAAUGAGGAAUCGUGGCAGAUAUACGACAAUUACAUGAUGCAUCAGGAUGUGAAAGACUUGCCGCAGCUGCAGUCCGCGAUCAACAGCGAGGAUUAUUUAGAUAGGAUGAGCGCACCCCGAAUUGACCCGGCGCGGCCAGAGAUGACGGGGUGGGCGAUGAAGCAGAAUCGGCUGAAACAGAAACAGGGGGAAUCGUCCGGUAGUAGCACUGAGGAAGGCUAA